AUGUGCCGCGGCCGCCGGCGCCGCUGCGACCUCCGCCGCCGGUGUACUGCGGGCUGGCGUGCAGGCCGCCGCCGCCAGCGCCGCGCAAGUGCUGCGGGCCCGCGUGCCGCGAGGACAUCGCGGGCUCGCCGCCGCCGUCGCGCUACGUGGAGUACGUGGGCGCGGCGGCCGCGCCGGCUGGCCUGCACGCCGCCGCCGCCGCCGCCGCCCGCGCUGCAGCUGCCCUGCGAGCCCCAGGAGCCGCCGUGCUGUGUACAGGCUCGCAGGCGACCACAACCACCACAUGAUUGGUAUUAUCACUAUUUACAAUGGCGUUCAAGCGCGGGCCUGCUGGCGCCGCAGCUGGCAUGCCAGUCAUCAUCACCAGCGGCGUCAGCGCCGGCGCCCCCGCUGCCCGCGCCCGCCUCCCCUCCCCGCGUGGUCUCCGCCCCUCCCGCGCCAACACAACCCCCACCAGACCCCGCCCCCCAAGACCAAGAAGAUGGCGUCAGAUUACGGCGAACGCACACAGUUGCCGUACGAGACUACCUCAAGAGGGAAACGCAAACGUUCUUCGGCGUUCAGAAGAAUAAUGAGAGGGAACAAAGACGGCUUUGGUAUGAGAGGCGGAGGAGGCACGCGGCGCGGGCGCUCGGCGACCUCCGGCCAGACCUGCCGCCCGAUCAUCAUCCUGAUGAUGAUGAUAUUAGUAUGUACGGAGCGUCGGGCGCAGCACCCAGAGAGGCGCGGGGGCGAGCCCGAGAGCGGCCCGACGUGUUGCCUGCGCCGGCGCCGCUGGAGGAGCCCGCGCCGCCCUCCCUGCCGCAGCCGGGGAAGGAUAGCGUCGCGCGGCUCACGCUCACCGGCCUUUCUUAUGUUGUUACUGCGGUGACGCGGCGCUCGCGCCAAUCGACGUCUGCGCAAUGGUCUCGGUCAUUCCGCGGCGUGGUGCCCGACGAGGUGGAUGUCGACGAUGUGUUCUUUAUGCCGCCGACGUCGGCGACGCCGCUGCAGAAUCACGACGAGGCUGAUCAUGUUGACGCAUCUAAGGGGGCAAGAUCCCCACUGGGGUCAAGCAGUGUGGAGUACCGGAGACCGGAGCGGAGCGUGUCGUGGGGGGCUGGGGGAGCUCGCAUCCACACACCGAUGCUGGAACCUUUAGCCGACAACUCUAACAGGAGGCAGUUCGGCAUGGGCGUUGUUGGUAGAUUCUUUAGGCGUUCGCUCCGCAAGUCGGUAGCACAUCAAGAGGAGGUGGCUCGCCAGCUCGACGAGCUGACGGACUACCGACCUUACUUCACGUGGUGGGUCAGCACGGUACAGACCCUGGUGCUGCUACUGUCUCUACUCUGCUACGGGUUUGGACCUGUUGGCUUCGGGAGACACACCCACUCCGGACAGGUUCUGGUAAAGAGCUUGAGUUUACAACAGGUUGAAUGGGAAGAGCCAGCCUCAUUCUGGCUGGGGCCUCGGGCGGCGGACCUGAUACAUCUAGGAGCGAAGUUCGCGCCCUGCAUGAGACGAGACGCAAGGAUAGCACGAGCUAUAGCUGCAUCAGCUCGGAGAGAGAGAGACACGGCGUGCUGCAUACGGAAUGAUGAUUCAGGAUGUGUGCAGUCUUCUAAGGCUGACUGUUCGAUAAGAGGAUUAAUAUCAAAGAACACGAUCUCGACGUGGAAGAAAUGGUCCUCGGGAGAGUCGGGGCCUGGAGGUCGGAUAUCAGGGUCCGUUUGCGGAUUAGAUCCCAAAUUCUGCGAAGCACCGCGAUCGAUAGCGCCGCACGAAUGGCCGGACGACAUUACAAAAUGGCCGAUCUGUCGCAAGUCGGUCCUCGACGGGUCUGCGGCCGCGGGUCGGGCAGGCCACGCCGCAGAGCACAUGGCUUGCGAAGUGAUAGGCCAUCCUUGCUGUAUAGGAGUCCAUGGCCAGUGCGUCAUCACGACGAGAGAACACUGUGACUUCGUCAAGGGGUAUUUCCAUGAAGAAGCGUCAUUGUGUUCACAGGUGUCUUGUCUUGACGAUGUCUGCGGCAUGCUACCAUUUAUGCGAAGACGUCGUCCAGACCAGCUGUACCGAGCAUGGACGUCUUUAUUCGUUCACGCGGGUCUGCUGCAUCUAGCAGCGACGUUGGCACUUCAGUGGCUCUUCAUGAGGGACCUGGAGAAGAUGGCCGGGCCAGUUAGAAUAGCUGUCAUAUAUUUAGGUAGUGGGGUCGCCGGGAAUAUGGCGUCUGCUAUAUUCGAACCUUACAGGGCGGAGGUGGGGCCAGCUGGAUCUCAUUUCGGUCUUCUGGCGUGUCUAAUAGUAGAAGUGAUAGGCGCGUGGCCUCUCCUUAGGCAUCCGAAGCGGGCAAUCUUAAAACUAGUCGGUAUAGCUAUCGCGUUAUUCCUCCUGGGUCUUCUACCCUGGAUAGAUAACUUCGCCCACGUCUUCGGCUUCGUUUUCGGGUUCUUACUCGCGUACGCGUUGUUACCAUUCAUUACUUUUGGGCCUUACGAAAGGCGAAGAAAGAUUGCGUUAGUUUGGGUCUGCCUGGUGUCGGCCGGUGGGAUGCUGUGCGCGCUGGUCGCGUUGUUCUACGCGGCGCCGGCGUACGAGUGUGCGGCGUGCGCAUACUUCACGUGCUUACCGUUCGCGCCCGACAUGUGCGCGUCGCAGGACGUGCGCGUGCGGCAGCUGGACGGGGUAUGACGGCGCGCGGCCCGGGCGCCCCCGCCGCCGCCGCCCCUCGCCCCGCGCCCACGUG